AUGACUUCAGAGGAGAUUCAGUUGGCCUUUGUAAAUAUUGAGAAAGACACUUUUGAACUGGAAUCAACACUGAGCUACUUCGGGACUAAUUCAAAAUCACCAUCUUCGCACGGUGAGACAGAAGAAUUGUGCAUCCUGUUACUGGGAGCGAGAGGAUCGGGUAAAAGCUCUUCUGGAAACACCAUCCUCAGGUUUAACGCUUUCAACACAGACAUGCAGUUGAGCAGAGUCACACAGAUCUGUGAAAGGGCAUCCGGAAACAUCAACGGCCGACCUGUGGCCAUAAUCGACACUCCAGGACUGGUUAAAGUCAAUCGAAUGGAAAAGUCUGUGAUCAGUGAGAUCUUAAAAUCUGUUUCGCUCUAUAAACCAGGACCACAUGUGUUUCUGCUGGUUCUACCUGUAGGAAACUUAACUAUUGAAGACAAGAACAUGCAUAAGUUGAUCGAGAACAUGUUUGGGAGGGACGUUUGGGAGUACACUGUUAUUUUGUUUACACACGGGGAUCGUCUGGAGGGGAAGACUCCAAACGAUGUCAUCGCCAGCUCAGACAAAGACCUCAGGGACUUCAUUCGUAAGUGCAGCGGUGGAUUUGUGUUCUUCAAUAACAAGGAUGUGGAAGACUCUGAGCAGGUGAGCAAACUUCUGGAGAAGAUUGAGACCUUGAUGGCCGUUAAUGGCAGAAGCUGCUACACAACGUCCCUUUUCCCAGCUUCAGAAAGGAAGAUAAGAGAGAAACAGAAAAAGAUACUGCAGCAUAGAGAAAGAGAGAUAGCACAGAAGGAGAAAGAGCUGGAGGAGAAUUAUGAAGAUGAGGAGUUAGAGAGGAAGAAACGCGAGCUCUGGAGAGAGGAAGAAGAAAAUGCACGGAAACUAGCGGAGAAUCCACAAAGACACAAAUCUUUGUCAGGAAAUCUCACCAAAACCCAUUUAUCUGUAACAAAAUUACAAACAAUUCACUGA